UCUGCAAGUUCCGUGUGUGUUGCGGAAAAUACCCUUUUUGGGCGUCCGACCACAUGUGUGAAUUGUGAACAAAAUAUGGUUUUUGAGUGAUUUUCGGUUCUGAAAGGCCUGUACGGUGGUGUAAUAUACUUCCAUUUGUUACGAAAACGAGUCCUCGUGUUCAAGUGCUUGAAAUAGUUGGAACAAUUCGACGGAAGUGAAUUUUUUCGAUGUAAAUACGAUCGGUCCAGGGUCAACCUGGUGAGCAUUACGAUUUGUGCGCAUAUAUCUCAGUGACCGAGUUUUUGUUGGAUAGAUUAGUGAUACAGAUUUAACCUUCGAUAUAUCGGGAAAGUUUUUCGAUUGCUAGUUUCGUUGCAAGCAUGUGUUGAGGUUCCAUGGCGUCGCGCUCGUGAUCGUCGGUUGGCGCGGAGCGCGCGCCUGCACUUACAUAACUCAGCAGUGGUAUGGCCACACAGGUCUCCGUCGAGGGAAGCGGACCCUCGUAUGCGUCAGUUUUAAAUUUCGGUGGUGCGGAGAGUAACAAAGAAAACAUUGAGUCCACGGAGGUCGUGGAAACUCCUCCUCGACAUGAAGACGAGGGGGAGGAAGGUUUUGUGCCUGUAGUUUCGCACACGAGAAGACCAGGAAAGAGCCGCAGAGAACGGGAGCGUAGGGCGGCUCCUCGGGCUCAUAACAAGGCAUCGCAGUCACAUUCAGAGCCCCAGCCAACUCCUGAGCAGCAGCAACAAUCAACAGAUCCUCAGCCUAAGAAAUUUGUCGAGGCUCCAAUACCCAAAGUAAACCCUUGGCAGGUUCGUGGCGGCAGUACCGGAGUGCCUCCGCCAGCGCCGCCCGCCCAUGAUACGGAGAAGAGAUCGCCUCUGCUGCCGCAGCAUCAGCAACAACCCAGGCCUGCUCCAGUGCCGGUUGUAGCACCAGUUCCAGAGCCGCCACCGCCUGUUGUAGUGAAACCCAUAGUGGUAAAAGCUGUGAAGAAUGUCAAAAUCAAUCAAAAGGCAUCGGAUUUCACGGAUAUAGGCGAUUGGCCGACGCUAGGCGCUGCUGUGGCCGCUCGGUGUCAUUCAACACCGCCGCCGCACGACGACCCCGCGCACCAUAAUGGCAAUGCGGACCAAGAGAGGAACCCUCCAGAAGAACCGCCCAAGCCAGAAAAGUUGGAACAACAGAAUCACACCGAUAAACACGCGCAUAGCGAGAAGAAUAAGAAUACUGGUGGUAGAGGCGGUAAUAAGUCGGGCAAACAUAAAUGGGUGCCGCUGGAUAUUGACGUGAAGGCUGCUCGUCCGGGCAAGCAUGGUGGUCAACAUAAUGCCAGGCAGGAUAACGGUUUUUCUAUAGAUACAGUGUCUCUGAACGGGGAAGACAGACAGAGGGGUGCUACACGCGGUAGGGGCGCAGUGAGGGGUGCAAGGGGGAUCAGGCGGCCAGGUCCCCGUCCUGCAUCCGUUCACUCGCAUCCACAUCCGCUGUACCAUCACCCGGAUUAUCCGCAUCACGAUUUAGCUCAGCUCCGAGUUGCUCAGUCGGCGAUGCCUCAGGGUCUCGUGCUGCAUUACGGGAUCGGGGCCCUAGGGCCUCCCGGAGCGCUGACCCCUGGAGCCAUCGCUCCUGGGGGUCUGACGCCGGGAGCCCUCACACCGGCUAUGGCGCCUCCAUUGGCUCAGGCGUACUACUUUGGUGCUGCGGCGGCGAAUACGGCUGCCUUCGGAAUUGGAUUGGACCAAGUCACGCUUAAAGAUCUCAUUAAGAAACAGAUCGAGUACUACUUCAGUCCGGAUAACUUAGCGCGUGAUUUCUUCCUCCGUCGUAAGAUGUCGUCCGACGGGACAAUUCCCGUGACGUUGAUCGCGUCCUUCCACCGCGUACGUGCGCUCACAGCUGACGUGCAACUCGUGCUUGAUGCUAUACGGGAUUCUGAUAAGCUGGAACUCAUACAAGGAUUUAAGGUGCGAACAGCUAUCGAGCCUAUGAAAUGGGUGUUAGCUGACAUCGCCUUAGGUGCAAAUGGCGAAGAGAAAACUGAAAAAACUGAAAACACGGACAAAUCCCAGAAAACUGAAACAAUUGAUAAAACAGACACGGAAAAACAACCUAAGGAUAAAGGAGAGAAAACUGGAACGGAUAAAGAGAGUUCUGAUAAGGAGACAGUCGAUGUUAAAGAUAAACCGGAGGAGGAUUUUCGCGGGGAGCGGAUAGAAGACCCGCCGAGGAUAGAUAGUGAAGAUGUUGUACUGAAAACAAUUUCUGAAAGCGCCCGGCAAUCCGCUAACGAAACAAACGAAAUUAAAGAUGAAGUGAAGGAGGCUAGUGAAGAAAAUAACGAUGUGGAUGAGGAAUUGAAAGCUGAAGAUGCGCAAAAGGAGUCCAAUGAUGACCUCCCGCUACAGUCUGAUGGGUCUGAGAAGCCUGGGGAGAAACGCCGUAAGAAGCAAAUGGUGGGAAUAUUCCCGUUAGCGACCAUGGGUGGUCCACUGGUUGCGCCCGUUUCCAGUUUGUUGCGAUGCGUUCCGCCGCCGCCAUUGCCAAGAAUGUUCCGGAGCAGUCGUGGCCCGGGUUCCAUAUCGCCUCUUGCCAGGGACAACUUAAACCCGGAUGUACCCGAGUUUGUUCCGCAGGCUGUGAGACAACAGGAACCAAUCGAAAAAGAAGCAACGGAGCAGCUAAGCAGCCCUAACAAUGAAAUUGCUGAUCCUAAUGUUUGGACAGAGGUGAAACGUCGCACAAAAGCUGGGUCCCGCGAGCGAGGUAACGCACGCGAGGAACCCGAGGAGCCUCGCGAAGAGCUGCACUUCCAGCUGGAUGAAGAGCUGGAUUUGCCCCCUCCGAGGCAUAACACCUUCACAGACGCCUGGUCUGACGACGAAUCAGAAUCGGAGUUCACAGACGGGGACAUAGGCCGGCUGCUCAUCGUUACCCAGACGACUACCAGGGCGCCUAAACAUGACGGCUACGACCGUCAAGGCGAUUGGUCCACUCGCACUAAGAUCACUCAGGACUUGGAGCAGGUGAUCACAGAUGGACUCCGACGCUAUGAAGAGGAUUUGUGGGGGGAAUUUUCUAUGUGUAACAGUGGUGGCAGUCAAUACCGCACCGUGUCCUUGAUCAGUCGUGAGCAGUUUGAAGCCACUGUUCCUGCUGAGAAGCACAGCAACCCCGCGGAACCUCCGCCACCGCCGCCGCAUCAAACGCAACAGAUGGAGUCCCAAAACGAAGCGGGUAAGGUGAAGCGGCCAAGACGCACUGCGCGCUUCUACGCCGCCAGCAAGGACCCCCACGCCACUGAUGUCAUAAGCAGCCGCAAACACAAGACACGGCACAGCUUGAACCCUCCAGUGGAGCAUCACAUCGGGUGGGUCAUGGACAUCCGCGAGCAUAGGAGACAUCAUAGGGAUAGCGGGUCUUCCCUCGGCACUUCACCGACACUAGGCUCUUCAUGCGGCUCAGCUCCUCAAUCGUUGCCUGCCUUCCAUCACCCUUCGCACGGAUUGCUGCGAGAGAACCACUUCACGCAACAGGCCUAUCACAAAUAUCACUCACGGUGCCUUAAAGAACGCAAGAAGCUCGGAAUCGGUCAGUCGCAAGAGAUGAACACACUUUUCCGUUUCUGGUCCUUCUUCCUUCGGGACCACUUUAACAGGACCAUGUACAAUGAAUUCAGAGCGUUGGCGAAUGAAGACGCUGUUGCUGGUUUCCGUUACGGCCUCGAAUGCCUUUUCCGUUUCUACUCAUACGGACUCGAGCGUAAAUUCCGUCCGGAGCUGUACCAAGACUUCCAAACUGAAACCAUGCAGGACUAUGAGAAUGGUGGUCAAUUAUAUGGAUUAGAAAAGUUCUGGGCGUUCCUGAAAUACUACAAACAUGCUGCAGCGCUUCAAGUCGAGCCUAAACUCAAAGGAUACCUCGCCAACUUUAACACUAUCGAGGACUUCAGAGUACUUGAGCCCCAAUUGAACGAACUAUUGGGUGCGCAAGGGCCCAAUGCACCAGGCCGCGGGCCCCACGCCCGGCCAUACGACAGACACAGAUCUGUGUCCGAAAGCGAUAGGCCACACCAUCAGCACCACAGGAACUAUUUCAAAGCUCCAAACACAUCUGGCAACAACGAACGCGGCCGAGCUGGCUCUUGCGGCGCCCAAAGCGUUGUCGCUAUCAACAGGACUAGGCGUAGCACCAAAAUCAAAACCGGAUCAAGAAAUGAAGCAGCCGGUCGCGGCGCGUACGCAGUGAUGCGUACAGACGAACGUACAUAACGUGUAUAUACAUAGACUGAGCCGUUCGUAUAAUUAUAGGACAUUGCAUUUUUAUAUAAAUAAAACAAAAAAAAAUUCAAAAAAUCUUAUGGACCCAAAGUGUUGAACGCUAGUGUUAAGUGUAUGUAACCGGUUCUCGACGGUACCGACCGGUCGAAUCCGGUUAUCACCGGUUUUACUUCGGUCACGAUGCGACCUCGCGGUUUUCUGGGAUUGCAGGCUGUGUGUGAAUGAAGCAUAGCUUGUAAACGCAUCGACAAUAAGGCUACGGCGUUGCACGCAUUCAGUAGCUAUAGUUAUAUUACGAACUAUAUUUAUAUAUAUUUUUGACAUUGUUAAUAUACAUUGAUUUCAAAAAUAGCAUCUUAGUGUACUACUGCCUGUGCGCAUAUCUAGAUUAAUCCAAAUAAAUCGUUAAAAAAUCUUUGGCUAAGUAGGCGUUGAUGCGGAAUAAGGCAGUAGCUUUUGGUAGUUAAGUGGCAACACUGUGGUGCUGUCGUGUCUAUGGGCAAUGGCGGGCGAGUUUGACAGAUUGUCAAUUUAUACCAGGCUCUCAGAGGGUGACAGGAUCGCUUCUCGCAUGGUCUUUUCCAUACAAAUUUGAUGGGCGAUUGUUGCUGCCUAGCACUUUAGGGGCUCUCUCCCCAUUUUAAUUUCUACCAUAUUUAAUUAACUCCGGCGCAGAAAUAGGCUCUUUCCUUUUUGUCAUUCGACAAAGACGUGUUAGUUCCAUUUUUCAAUAGCCAAAACUUCAUCUAUCCUUUUCGGAAACUUAACUUUCUUUAUUAAUUAAAUGAAAAAAUCUGUUUUGGAAAAAUGUCCGUUAUAAUCGCUCGCGGUUGUCCUAAGACCGGUAUCUGUUGUACAGUUACGUUUCAUUUGGGUCUAGCGGGAAUUAUAUAAAAUAAAAUUUACUAUAAUCUAUCUAUCUGUAUACUGUAUACUGUUAAAAUAUAACCAAUAAUAAGUUUAUAUUAAUUACACGUGCCUCUAACAAUUCUCCGUUAGUCCCGAACUAUUUUUGGCCCCGGAAAAUCUGUCGGAAAGACUGGCUAUUAUGCUAUUUAGACGAAAUUUGUAAAAAGUUAUUUUCGGUAGUGCUAGUUUUAUAUGUUAAUUUUAAAGGAUGGUUUCGAGUGUUUGGAAACGAUACGAUAUAAUAAUUCUUAGAUUGCUUACUAAAUAUAGAUAUCUGAAACGCUAAAUGUGAGAAGUUAUUCCUUUUAAAAACUGCCAAUUUGUUCACGACACAAAAAGCAUAUGGGUUUUAUUUUGUUUUUAAGGUUGCAUGCACGUAAUGGGCCACUCGCGGGGAUGUUUGGGGUCGUCUUACUAGAAAUUGAUAUUUAACAAUCUUUCUCAACAAUUUGGCUUUAUGGCCUGAUAGUUUUUAAUCACAUAGAAAAAUAAAGAGCCCCAUAUAACGUCACUAUCGCAUUAGCGAGCGAAGAUUGUAGCUGUCGAGUACAUAUUUUAUUCGCAUAAUUAUUAGCAUAAUCGAUCUGCCAAUUUAUAGGUGGAAUGUCAAUAUUCAUACUUCAACUGUCAAGACACAUGACAGUUGACACACGAUGUCACAACAUCCCUGCGACGACGUACAUUUCGUUUUUUUGUAUAAUUCGUGAGUUUCGCUUAGAUUAAGUAUAGACAUGUAUUGAUCACGUUCAGUUUUUAUGACGCGUCUGUGCUAAAUAGCCGUUUUGAAUUAGCACAAAUUUUUCCUUUUUCAAACUGAAUUCGACAGCUGACAUUGACAGCUUGACAGUUAAAUCGCAAUAUUGACGUUCUCACAUUUCGUCUAUAUACUAAAAUGCACUCAACGUCAAUCUAAUUCUCAUGAGUUUACAAAUUAUGUGAUUUUAAUACAGACGUGUCAAAAAAUAGUUGCACUAACUUGCUCAAUAUGGUUUUUUAUUCGGAUGUUAGGUUGACAAAUGAAUUUUUCAAUUAGAGAGACGAAUUUCCUUUAAAAGUUCACCGCGAUUAACAUGUAAAAAUUCAAUGAAGUUGAACAAAAUCCUCUUCCUUCUUGAUUAAUUCAUGGCUAAAUAAUCUUAUGUAUAUUACACUAAUAUAAACAAAGUUAAGGGUGUGACGAUUAUUUUUUCUUUUUUUUUUCUAGUGUAUAAGGAUGCUUUUUUUAUUAAUAUUAAGUGCUAACGAUUCAUUGGAUUUCGGUGAUAUCAAUUUGCUGUUAAAAUUAGUUUACACAACCCCAUAACUCUGAAUAAAACGAUGAAUUAAAACAUUCUCUAUGGUUUUUGAUUUCUUUCGUGUCAAACGUCAAAUUGAGUGUCACCGGCGCCAAAAUGUCGUAAGCUAAGUACGCGGUUGCCAUACAAAAAAAUUAAUCUCCGUUACCAAGAACCCGGAGCCGCGUGCUUUAUAGUAAUUUUUAGUUCGCUUUGGUCGCUUCUAUCAUGUUAAACAUAGUUCCUAAUAUAUUUUAAAACCGUUAGCAUUUUUAUUUUUACAAUUCAACACAGAAAUCGUAAGUAUGUUUAGAUAUUAUCAUUAACAUCACGUCUUAUUUUAUUCAAGUGUUCAUAAAAAUAACGAAUUUAGAGGCCUACCUAAUAAUCUGAUAGCUUAGCAAGACUGCUUAUAUCUUUAAGUAUAUCCCUCACGUAUAGUAAAUAAAUAUUUGUUUUCUGUAUCUCUUAAAACUCGAGAAUCUAUGGGGCUGGGAAUUUAUCUGUCAUUUAUUGGCUAUGGCAAGGCAAAUUGCGACGAUUUCUGUGUUGUAAAAAUUUUUUAUACCGUCCCCAUAUUAAGCGGGAGUUUCGGAAGCGAUCGAGGUGUUGUGGUAUAGUUUUAAAAUUAAUAUCACGUACGUUUUGGUUGUAAAAAAAGUUUUAAGAAACGCUAUACGGUGUCAAAUUUAUAGGUUACCGGGGUUUAAGAGUGGCUGUUAACACACAAAUGUUUGUUUUACGCUGUGCAAUAGAUACAAAAGAAGGUUUAGUAUGUAUCGAAGUGCGCAAGUAGACUAAUCAGUCACACGAGCGAAUUCAUGUUGAACAAAUUGGGAAUGUCUGACUCUAAAACGAAGAGGUUUUAAAACUAUACAGCAACAGUAUGAUUUGUUAAGUUUUUAAGUUAGUAGGUAUUUUGUUGCAAUUUCUUUCGAAAGAACGCCAAAGGAGACGAUGAUAAAAACUUAAAAUUUAGGAUUAUUGUAUAAAUGAAAAUACAAAAAAAUGCUGUUAUAAGUGGUGUAAAUUAACUUUUCCAGUGAAAAUUUGUUGAGUUACAUUUUUUGAUUUUAAUUUGCUAAACGGUUGUUUGUAUAAUACUGAUAGUAGGUCAAAAUUAAUGAGUUUCUAUAUUUUACUUGUAACGUAAUAUUACACCUUGAUGUGCUUUCCAAUGCAAAAAACUAUUCGUUGUUAUUAAAAUAUAGAAACUGUUUUAGUCGGUAAUCUAGUGUACUUGAGAAUUAAGAAAUUUAAAUAAUGCUUGAUUGCUGGUUGUGGUUGGGUUCAUUUUAUCUUGUCAAAUUGAGGUGUACUUUUUUUCAAAAUUAAAUCCUCUUAAUAAACGCAUCCCGACUGGCAUGUAGAAGGCUGUAAGUUAUACAUAAUAUACAUAUUAUUAUAUUGAUAAAUAAAUUAAUAAGAAAAC